GUGUCCAGCCUGCAUGGACAGGGCAACAUUCGCCUAUUCCACUGCCUUUUUUCGUGACUACAACAGCUCGUCUCAGGGUGCAUUCUGCCUCCCCGGAGGACAUGUCGACUUUAUUGACAAAGUAGAAUCAUUCACUUACUCGGACUUUUUCCGGGAUUAUUUGAUUCCCAACCAUCCCUGUAUUUUCUCAGCUAAAUUCACUGAAGACUGGGGCAGCAGGAGAAAUUGGGUUACUUGGGAUGGAAAGCCUAACUUUGAUUAUCUGCUGCAGAAGUUUGGAGAGGCUGUAGUACCUGUUGCCAACUGCGAUGUCAAGGAGUACAAUUCUAACCCAAAGGAGCAGCUGGCCUUCAAGGAGUAUAUAAAUUACUGGAAAGAGUAUAUUAAAAAUGGCUACCGUUCGUCCCGAGGAUGCCUUUAUCUAAAGGACUGGCACCUGAGCAGGGCUUUCCCCGAGCAAGAUGUUUACACCACCCCUGUGUAUUUCUCAUCCGACUGGCUGAAUGAAUACUGGGAUGCUAUAGCUGUGGAUGAUUACCGGUUUGUCUACAUGGGACCUAAAGGUUCAUGGACUCCAUUCCAUGCUGAUGUCUUCCGUUCCUACAGCUGGUCAGCCAAUAUUUGUGGGAGAAAGAAAUGGUUGUUGUACCCCGCGGGGCAGGAGGAUUACCUGAAAGACCGCCAUGGCAACUUGCCCUUCGACGUGACUGCGCCCAGUCUUCGGGACAGGAGUGUUUACCCUCGCUACAACCAAAGUCAACCCCCUGUUGAAAUUGUUCAGGAAGCAGGGGAGAUAGUCUUCAUCCCCAGUGGAUGGCAUCAUCAAGUUUACAAUCUGGAGGAUACCAUUUCCAUUAACCACAACUGGGUGAAUGGCUGCAAUGUGGCUAUAAUGUGGUGCUUCCUGCAGGAUGAACUAGCAGCUGUCCAGAGGGAAAUCAAUGAAUGGAAGGACCCUAUGGAUGAUUGGCACCUACAAUGCCAGUUGAUUAUGAAGUCUUGCACAGGUAUAGACUACAAGGAGUUCUACAACUUCCUCAAAGUUAUUGCAGAGAACAGGAUUUCAGUCUUGGAAAACGGCCUCGAUGACGAAGCUUCGGCAAAGAACACUCCAAAAGCUGCCAUAUCCACCCUGGGCAUGCUCCAUGCAGUGUUUGAUUUAAAGAGGGCUGUGAAGGUGUUAACAUCAUUGAGUGCUAAUGAAGAUUUCAAGAAACUAGACCUGACAUCACUUUCUCCACCUCCGGAGGCAUUACUCCACCACUUGAAAGCAGCAAUAGAUACAGCACUACUCUAACUUCCUAUUUAUUCAGUUCUUUGUAAAAUGAACCUUUUGCAAAAUGGGUGUUUGCAGAAGACUGACUCCUCCCUGUUUAAUAGCUGUUGCAGUU